UCGAGAAGUAUAUAAAGACUUGACUCUCACUAUCUUCACCACUCCUCUCCCGUCUUCACCACUUCUUCACUCUUUUUCACUCCUUAGCAGCUCACAGGCUUUCCUUUGACAGGAUCGCCAUUUCACUCCUUAACAGGUAGCCACCACCACAAGCUCAUCGCGAGCACCGACCACACCGUCUCGACGACGCACAAAUCGAUACAGUAACUUCGAUCGCAACUUACGACUACAUUCAUUAUGGCUGUCAUCUCUAAAAUUAUCUGCCUCAGCGCGAUGCUGAUGGCUGCGCCAAGCGCGCUUGCAGCCCCUGUGAUACGCGCCGAGAACUGCGACUUUGGCGCGACUACUCCUGCAGGCUGGACUGAUGGCAUGCAAUCGCAAUGGUGCGGCAUGAUCAACAACGAAGUUGCCGGUCUCAAAAUGAAGGAGGACCUGACUACAGUACGACCUAUGGUCGAGGCUCAAUUCAAGCAGGCCGGCAUUUCAUGCUCACCGGAUUCUGCGUUCCCAAACAUCGACAACAUGAUGCAGGAUUCGUCUGCACGCGCUGCCAUGUCUCAAAUGAAGGCCAACUACCCGGCUUUCGGUUCCAUGGACUUGACACCCGAGGACAUCAAGAAGGUGUACGCCGACGCCAUCAAGACCGCUUGCACAAAGACCGGCGUGCCAGAGGAUAUGAUGGUCAAGAUCAUUUGGAUCGAAAGUAAAGGUCACCCGCUCGUCUACGGUGGUCUGACGCAAAUGGAUUACGUUGCGUGGGGACAGAUGGCCGAACAAGACGCCUCUCUCAAGAACCGCUACAUGCCCGGUGAUAACAUCGUCGCUUCUGCCAUGUACCUCAAGGGCAAGAAGGACGCCAACGGUGGUGAUUGGGAGACGGUGUACCGAAACCACUACCAAGACCCAAAUGCUGCCUCUUACUAGGUGCAGAAACCGGUCAAUGGCACAAGUUGUCAUUUCUUGCUACUGCUGCUCUCCUGGUCUGAUCGAGCGCAUCCAAAGCACAGACGAAAGACACACCAGAGUCACCAACGACAAAAAACAUUCGUUUUGAUACACUUUCGAUUCUUGAUACCCGAACCAACUUUUUCCGCAUCUUUCACUCAAGCUUUCUUACAGUGGUACUUGAGUGAAACGAUUGCCAUGAUGGAAGGUACGACUUGGGACGAACAAUGGGCAUUUUUGGGACGGGGAAUUUUGCAUAUAUUGCAUUCUUCACGAUUGAAUGAUUUGGACAUUUCACGAGGGUGGAAAAAGACGAGAAAGGAUAGAUGGGAGAGGCAUAUCCGAUCGCUUCCCUUUGUUGAAUGAAUUACUUUGCCUCUCCAAAUUUACCAGUCCCAUUCCCAUCUCUAUCAAUCUUUGCGGGUUUGUUAACCCACAUCGUAGCUGCUCUACCUUGACGUCCAUGCCAAAUCCCAAGCACUGACAAGUCACCCAAUACAUGUUCUUCUCACCAAAAAGCCCUCACCUCGCGUCAAAAGUUCCAUCAACGUCAUUACAACCAACCCCAUCCUUCUUCUCUCUUUCUCCUUGGGCCUCUGUGUUGGUCGUCGUCAUCAUGCCACUAUACCAUUCCCU